UAGGCAGACACAAAACACCAGAGGACUGGGAUAUACGUAUGCAUGUUUACUGUCUGGAGCUACUGUUGACUGAUUCUUCCUGCUGAAACUCAGUUUCUUGACGUAUUCCUGGGAUUUAUUGAGAAACUUUGAUUCCAGGAGUUAUAGCUUGUUUUGAUAACAGGUUGUCACAUCUUGUCAGAAUGAGGUCCCUGGUCUUCGGCUUCUUCUUCCUGGUGUGCUGUAACGCAGUUCGACUGGACAGACGGCGUCCCAGACCCAUUGAGGCCAGGGGUCGAAAUGAGACUACUGUCCAAACCAAACCAACGGAGAAACCUUGCAGAGCAACCCCGCUGGAUUUCGUCUUUGUCAUCGACAGCUCCCGAAGCAUCCGCCCCAACGACUACGAGAAGGUGAAGACCUUCAUCAUCAACCUGCUGCAGUUCCUCGGGGUGGGCUCUGAUGCCACUCGGGUCGCUCUGCUCCAGUAUGGUAGUGUGGUCCAGCCCGAGUUUUCCCUCAACACCUACACCACCAGGGCUGAGGUGGAGCAGGCGGUGAGGAACAUGGAGCACCUCGCCACAGGAACAAUGACGGGUCUGGCCAUCCAGUACACCAUGGAGACGGCCUUCACUGAGGAAGAGGGAGCACGACCUGCAGAACUGCUCAUCCCGCGAAUCGCCAUGGUUGUGACUGAUGGGCGGCCUCAAGACGCGGUGGAGGAGAUCGCGGCUCAGGCGAGGCAUGCCGGCAUCCAGAUCUUUGCUGUCGGAGUGGGCAGGGUGGAUAUGAACACUCUGAAGGCCAUAGGGAGCGAGCCACACUCUGAGCAUGUGCACCUGGUGGCCAACUUCAGCCAGAUAGAGACCCUCAUCUCUGUGUUCCAGUCCAAACUGUGUGGAGGUUCAGAGAUGUGUGAGGUGGUGGACCAUCAGUGCCAGCACAUCUGUGUGAGCAGCCCCGCCUCAUACAGGUGCAAGUGCAGAAAGGGCUUCACCCUCAACCCCGAUGGCAAGACGUGUAAAGGGAUUGAUCACUGUGCUGAUGGCACCCAUGGGUGUGAGCAGGAGUUCAUGAGCACAGAAGACGCCUGUGUGUGUAAAUGCAGAAACAGCUACACACUCAGGCCUGAUGGAAAAACAUGCAAGAAGAUGGACCAUUGUGCUGAUGGGAAGCACGGCUGUGAACAGGAGUUUAUGAACACAGAAGACGCCUGUGUGUGUAAAUGCAGGAAAGGAUACACACUCAGACCUGAUGGAAAAACAUGCAAAAAGAUAGACCAUUGUGCUGAUGGGAAGCACGGCUGUGAACAGGAGUUUAUGAACACAGAAGACGCCUGUGUGUGUAAAUGCAGCAAAGGCUACACACUCAGACCUGAUGGGAAAACAUGCAAGAAGAUAGACCAUUGCGCUGAUGGGAAGCACGGCUGUGAACAGGAGUUUAUGAACACAGAAGACGCAUGUGUGUGUAAAUGCAGGAAAGGCUACACACUCAGACCUGAUGGAAAAACAUGCAAAAAGAUAGACCAUUGUGCUGAUGGUAAUCACGGCUGUGAGCAGGAGUUUCUGAAUACAGAAGAUUCAUGUGUAUGUAAAUGCAGAAAUGGAUUCACACUCCAACCCGAUGGAAAAACAUGUCAAAAGCAACAGUGUGGCGAUGGAUUCAUGGAUCUGGUUUUUGUAAUCGAUGGCUCCAAGAGUCUGGGCCCUGCCAACUUUGAACUGGUCAAGCAGUUUGUAAACGGCAUUGUGGACUCACUGGACAUUUCCAGGACAGGGACCCAUGUUGGCCUUCUUCAAUACUCCACCAAGGUGCGCACAGAGUUGACCCUAGGCCAGUACACCACAGCGGAGAACAUCAAACACGCUGUGUCUAGGAUGCAGUACAUGGGGAGAGGCUCCAUGACUGGCUCAGCCUUACGUCACAUGUUUGAGCUCAGCUUUUCAGCUAAAGAAGGAGCCAGGCCCAACAUCCCACGUGUCAGCAUUGUGUUCACUGAUGGAAGAUCGCAGGAUGACGUGUCAGAAUGGGCUGAUAAAGCAAAGAACUCUGGGAUCACAUUAUAUGCUUUGGGUGUUGGCAAAGCCAUUGAACAGGAGCUGAGAGAAAUAGCUUCAGAGCCUGAUGAGAAACACCUUUAUUACGCAGAAGAUUUUGACCAAAUGGGAGAAAUUACAACAAAGCUCAAGUCCAGGAUAUGUAAAGACAAACCGUCCGAUGAAAACAUGUGCCAGUGUGAGAACGUGAUAAUGUUUCAAAACCAGGUCACCAAGAAGCUGACGGACCUGAUGCAGAAUAUUGAAGCCAUGUCGAAGAAGCUGGAGUCACUCGAGAAUCAAGUUGUGCGCAAAUGAAAGGCAGAACCUCAUCUCCCUCGCCCUGAACCUGAAGUGUAGCAUUCAUUUUUAAUCCUGUUCUACAAGCUACACAUGCAAUGCUUUCUACUGAAGCUAUUUUUACACUCUUUGUAUACAACAGUGUAUUUGUGUCUGUAAUGUUCUUUAUGUAAUGUCAAAUCAAAUGUAUGACUUUGUACAGUAAACUGAAAAAUACAUAUUUUACCCUUCA